GCGCCCCAUCCCCGCCGCGCUCACCCGGGCUGCCGGGAACCCCGAUGAGCCCAGAUGGCUGGGGCUCAGCCCGGAGUGCACGCUUUGCAACUCAAGCCCGUGUGCGUGUCCGACAGCCUCAAGAAGGGCACCAAAUUCGUCAAGUGGGAUGAUGACUCCACUAUUGUGACUCCAAUUAUUUUGAGGACUGAUCCUCAGGGAUUUUUCUUUUACUGGACAGAUCAAAAUAAGGAGACAGAGCUGUUAGAUCUCAGCCUCGUCAAGGAUGCCAGGUGUGGGAAGCAUGCCAAAGCUCCCAAGGUAGGAAGCAGAGUCUGUGCCUGCACCAGCUGCUACUUUGAUUCUUUAUCUGUGUCAAGAUAUCAAUUAAUUGCCCCAGUUAAAAGUUCUGGUGUUGUAAAUGUUGUAAAACACAACAGCCAGUGUGCCCUACUCCCUCACUUGAACUUUCAUUAA